AUGAGAAAAAUACUAAACUAUUCUAUUUUAUCUCUACUCUAUCUGAGUAGUACCACUUUUUGUGAGGAAUCGUACUAUAAAGUCAGAUUUUACAAGAGAUUCAUCUAAGAUGCCUUCUAAAAAAACUUGAGAAAUAUCUUUGAGUAGUCAUAGGAUUUCUAAGUAAAGGACAUUUACUUGAAGGACUUAGGCACUAAAAUGACAAGUGUUCAGGUUCAGGUAUUCCCUAAGGACUAUAAUUAUGCCUCCAGUGAGGUUGAGGUAUUCUUUGACGAAGGCUAGAUCCUUCUUGAGAUGCAUGAUCUUUAUGUGGGUGGAAGUGGCCUCAUAGUUGAUCCUGAAAACGGAAACAUAGAGAAUGUGACAUUCACAGCACCAAUUAAAACUGGGUAGAUCUUUAUCACUCCAUCAGAGACUAUCAGACACAGUGAAUUAUAUCCAAAGUUUAUGAUAGAUGAAGUGAAUAUCGUAAUCGAUGAAGCAAGCAUUAUUGCUACUGCUCACGGAAAGACCCCACUUUUUAAAACUCAGAAAUUCGAAGAUGCCAUUAAGAAUUGGCUUCACAGUGAGACUAAAUCAAUUAAGGAAUCCAUUAAGAACAAAUUGAUAGAUAUUGAAAAUACUUUGAUGGAUAAGAUCCCUUACUCAUUCACUAACUUUGGACAUACAUUCAUUUACAGCCUGGCAGAUAAGAUCAAACUCAAGGAGGAAUAUCUAGAGAUUUCCUUCACUAGCGAGCUAGAGGGUGUCGAUCACGGAGAAUUUUCUGAGAAAUUGAGAAAAAUAUACCCUCAGUUCACUGAUGUUGAGGGAUGGAAGCAAGAUAUUCAGAUGGUGUUCGACGAGAACUUCCUCAAUCAUAUGUUCCUUUCUCUGUUCCACACAAAUACUGUAUUUAGUUUCAGAGAUAUUGCUAUGAAAAUGAUUCCAGCAAAAUAUUAAAACACUGCUCUUUUGAUAUCUAAUCUUCUCAUGACUACUACAUUGUACCCAAUAGUGCCAGAUAUUGUUAAGGAAUUUGAACAUGGAAAAUUAGUUGAUCUCAGAUGUGGAUUCUCCAAAUCAUUCCUCUCAGAUAAGAUUGACAGUUCAGAUUUAAGCCCCUCUCAAGUUUGGUUCAGAGACACUAAUAAGAUAGAGUUCAAUUCUGCUUUUGGAUGUGGUGUGUUUGUCUAUAUUGGUAAAUAUAAUCCCUUCAGUCCUAGCAAACUUGUUGACAAAUACUGGAAGAAUUGGAGAUCCUUCUUUUUCUAAGGUAAAGGGUGGGCUGAUGUAUCCAUUUACGAAGGAAGAUUUUAUGAUGAAACACGUGUCAAAUUUUUAGAUGGCAAAUUGGAUAUCAAUCAGUUUAAAAUAUACAAGGGAGAGUAGGAGUAGGUAGAAGAGGAAGAAAGCUAUAAAAAGUGGGCAGCAGAAUAGUUUGAUCAGCUGCUUAGCAAGGAAGAUGAUCAUGAUUAUAGAUUCAUGAGUCACCCUAGUUUCUUAGACUGCUUAGGAAUCAAGCCAGAGUCACCAAAGAUAGAGAUUAAGGAGGGAUUCAUUAGAGCUAGUUAUGCUUUGGACGUUUAGUCUGCUGAUCAAGAUUGCCUUUUAAAUAAAAAGACAAGACUACAUUGA